UUCCUAUUCAGUUUAUCACUGCCUGGGCCUUAAAGAAUUAAUUUCUAAUGAGAAGCUAGCAUUAACAGCCACUGGGCUGGGCCAGAAGGCACACUGGAAAGCACCCAGCAAUCAAUUAUUUUAUCAUGUCAACCAGCCUAAAGUUGUUUACAUUAGCAUAUCCCAAGAGUUUCCAAAGUGAAAACACAGGAUAUCCUUGUAUGGCAGUACAGACACAAUCUAGUAUCCAUCUAUAAGAUCAAAGCAGCAAUCCACUCACAACAGCAAAACAUAGUGUCUGCCAUGACGAAACUUUUCCUGGAACACAGCUCCCUGUUUUGAAGAUGAGCAUCCGAGGGCCUCACUGGGAAUUUAGUGGAUGGCAGACAGAAUGGGAACACUAGUGAGGGAUUGUGAAGAGCAUCGUUAAAUGAAGAACUGCUUGGACUGUUCAGCAGGUCUCAUUCAGUAAGGCUGGUUUGACAUGGGGUAACCAAGAAGGUAGCUCUGGUGAGUAAUUCCUGUAUAAGCUGUGAGGCAAGCUUUAAGGAAAUCUUCAGACUAUGAACAGUUUUACCUCAGCCAUGAAGACUGAAAGACAUACUCAGAGUGACUGCAAAAGACUACCUGGAAUGGUGAAACAAAAUGCAUUUGACUACUAUGGAGCCUCCAGUAAAGAAGGGUGCAUUCCUAGGACUCCUAGAGACAAACCAUGCUCUUAUAACAAAAAUGAUACAGACCAGACAUGGGAACGUCUCUGCAGGAAAGGAAGAAAGCUAAAACUCCAAACCAUGGACUUUUCAGACCUAUGGGAUGAGGAAGAUCUAGGAUUCUUUGACGAGGACGAGAAUAGUAAAACACUAUGCUCCCCCAUGGGUUCAGGGACCAAUCCCCCAAUUCUUCCCCCUCCACCACCUCCACCUGUUUUCUGCUUUCCUUUUUCUCCCAUCAGUGAAUCUACCCUAAUGUCAUCUUCUCAAUUACCACAAAAAGAUAACUGCUUGAUGCACAGUCCUUUAGGCCCUUUGUCAUUUUCUAGUGGUUUGUCUCCAAAGAAAAAGACUCGAAAAUUGCACUGGACUGAGAUCAACACCCUUCCAUCUUUGCACAGAUUUAACAGAUUUGGUGAAAAGACCAUCUGGGCAACAUUAGAACCUCUUACUUUGGAUACCAACAGGCUGGAAGACUUGUUUGAAUUGAAAUGUCAAAUGUCUCCCCUUUUUCAGAGGGAUAGAAAGAAACAAGCCCUGACUGUGCUGGACUUCAAGAGGAGCAACAUCGUCAAUAUAGCGCUGACCUCCCUGCCCCCUCUUCACAUCAUCCAGUCAGCCGUUCUUAACUUCGAUGAGUGUGUUCUUGGGAAGGAGGAAAUAGAGAAACUUCUUUCCUUGAUGCCAACAGAAGAAGAGCUGCAGAAGAUCAAGGAAGCUCAGAAGAAGAACCCUGGGAUGCCUCUUGCAUCAGCUGAACAAUUUCUCCAGACCAUGUCUUCUAUCGAUGAGCUGUCUGCUCGUCUUCAUCUCUGGGCUUUUAAACUGGAUUAUGAUAGUAUGGAGAAGGAAAUAGCAGAGGUGUUGUACAAUCUCAAGCAAGGCAUGGAGCAAGUAGCCAACAACAAGACGUUUAAGUACAUCCUUGCAACUUUACUUGCCAUUGGAAAUUUUCUCAAUGGAUGUAAGGUAAAAGGCUUUGAUUUGGAAUACCUUGAAAUGGUGCCACAAGUGAAGGACACAGUAUACAAAAAACCUCUCCUGUAUCACAUAUGUAACAUUCUACUGGAGAUCUUCCCCGAGUCCACAGACUUCUACUCUGAGAUUCCUUCUAUUACCAAAAUUGCAAAGGUUGACUUUGCUCAGCUCCACACUAAUCUGGUUGAGAUUGAAACUCGAUACAAUGCAUCAAAGGAGCACCAUAAAGUGGUCUUUAAACAUGACAGCAACCAGAAACAGAAAGGCCAGUUAUCCAGAUUCCUGAAAGAGUGUGCAAAGAAGAUCUCUGUCCUGAAAGCCAUUUACAGAAGAGUACUGAAGAGGUUUCAUACUUUCUUGAUGUACUUUGCAUACCCUAGUUCUGCUGUGCACACAGUAAGUGUCAGUAACUUCUGCAAGCUUAUCAGUGACUUUGCACUUGAGUACCACACUACAAGGGCACAGAUUCUGCAGACGAUGCAGGGGAAAAGACUCCGGCGGGGAGCAGUAAGAAAUGCCAAGAGUCACGGAUCGUACAACACUUAUGCUGGUGAUAACCGGCAUCAUGAGCGCAUGAAAGAAAUCCUCAGUACUCCAGAAAGGACCCGAAGGUAUGACACGUCCCUCCCAAGAACUAGAAGCAAGCAGAAGAAACAAGACACUGCUGGCCGAGUUCCAAAGUCAUUGGAAUGGCUCAUUUAGAACAAGGAACAAGAGCAAAGCCAGAACAACUUAUUCAGAAGAACCAUGCAACAAAAACUACUCACAGAUGGCGUAUAGCUGCAAUAACCACAUAAUGCUUUGAUAUUUUAAUUUUCAUGUUGAAUACUUAGUCUGGGCCAGAAUUAAUGACUGGUAUCAAAAAGAUGAAAACAAUGCAUGUAUAAGUGUUUGCUGUCCACCAAUAAUCUCAUUUCCCACAUUAUUCUAAACACUUCCACAUCUUUAGUAAUGUUAGUUUUCUUUUAUCUCUGCAACAAUAGCAAUUCCAUUCUUCCGCAAGGUUUAUCUCACUCUUACAUUUAUAAUAAGGAUUUCUUCCAACUACUCUUUUUAUAUAACCCGGCUUGUUCUCACCUGAAACAUCAUGAAAAUUUUAAUUUGUUAAGCAGUGUUAACAAGAAAGUAAAUGAAGAUUGAGAUAGCAGCACUAUCAAGAAACAGGAAAUUUAAGAUGAAGGUCAAAGGUCACUAUUCAAAAACAAGUUGCACUAUGUAGCUGGGCUGAUAUGCCACAGAGCAGUGCACAAAAGCCCUCUGUGAUUCAUAAACAAUUUACACACGGGGGUAGGAAGUUAUAUGCCAGUCUUAGCCCCACUGUUCCACUCCAGAAUCAGAGUAUGUUUACAAACAACCUCUUCCUGAUCAUAAGCAAUUCAUGACAUCAUCACCACUGGAGUACUGGCUGACCCCACUGGAUUAACCUAAGACAUAAGAGGAGGACAUGCCAUACAAUGGUGCUGCACUUCAUGGCACAGUAAUACUCCCUCCCUGCUAAUGCACUGCUCAGCAUAUAGUGCCAAAUGGUUACUUAUUAGCUGCCAGAACCCAACCCUCCCGACACCUCCAAUGUAUAUCAGAAAAAUCCCUACCAGCAAUGGAGGUUCUUACAGUGCAAGUAAACCUGCUACCUCAUUCAAAAGUGAUCCCCCCCCCAUACACACACACACACACUGAUGCUGGUGAGCUACUGCCAAUGAUCUGCUCUUGCCAUAUAAUAUGGUAAUGAGCCAGUCUCCACUGUCAUGCCUACUGAGUGGAACAUCGUUAUAAAUUUCUCACAAACAUGAUGGUGGAGCACAGAGCAGCAGGGAUUAUAUAUUUAGCAAGUUAAACACAGUGUUAUCUUACUAAAUAGGUUUUCCCUGCCAUGCAGUGCAAAACUGUCCUACACCACAGCACGAUAUAGCAGCUGUUUGGCUACAAAUGGGAGUAGACAUGACACAGGUACAGAAAGCCUUAUACACUGUGAUGUACUAGGUGCUCCUACAUGUAAGUGAUAAACAGUGGAGCUGCUUUAUGUGUUGCUAUUUAAGGACUGUUUCCAUGUCUAUGAAUCAUGAGGCUUACCAGAGGCAUACUAAUCAUAAUGUGCAGAAUGCGUAUGUGCCUGCGUGAAUAAUGUUUUUCAAUACCAGCGCCUGUAGUCAGGAAACUAUUUAGCAAGUACAAAGUAAUAAUGCCUGUAUGUAUACAUUUAGACAAAAAGUAAUCCUCAACCCAGAUAGCAAAUGUUGGGAAAAAGAUUAGAGGUGCAUUGUGGGGAUGGAGAGCACCUCAGUAUAUCACAUGUCCGUUUAAGAGGGGAAGUGUAGAGAUAAAGAGCACUACAGUACCUCACGUACCCCUUUACUGCAUCACGAAGCAUCUCAGUUAACACUUCACAAGCUUCUCUGGCUGAUACUGUAAUACACUGGAAACUGGUACAUCACAGAUGCAGUGUUAUGCUUUUGGAUACUGACAGUAUGUCUGUACAGCAACCUUUCCACUCUCUCCCAGCAUGCGUGCAACCCCAGAGUUAGUGUAUACAACAGUCAAAAAGGUGGUGCACGCCACUCAGGAGUAUUAUUACACAUUUUAGUUAUAACUAUUCAGUGAAUUGCAAUUAAUUGCAGUAAAUCCAUGGGGAUAUAUUGUGAGCAAUAAGGUUUAGGUUUGAAAUGCCCAUAUAAGUACUUAAAGACCGUAGUGUCAUGAAAUUCUGUGGUAGAGAAAUCUGUAUGUUAGAAAAACAGUGAACAAAGGCCAAAUCGUGCAUUUUAUAAUGUCUGCAUUCUUUACUGAAAUCAGGCCCUGAUAUUAGCCCCCUUCAAGGACUGUGAUAUGCCAAAGUGUUUGCUAAACAGCUGCUGUGGUAUUUGUACAGAAUAUUUUUUAGGCUAUGGCGGUGAGGUUUACAUAUGCGGAGUCACAUGAAAAGCAGGAUGUUGCUAAUCUGUUCAAGAUGAAAAGAACCGGAUUAGAAAGUGUAUGAAACCAAACAGCACUAUGGAGAUUAGCAGAGGCUGAACAAUAAACUUUUUAUAUUCAGCAUAUCCAGAAGCUUAUUUGAAACAGCAGUUCAUUCACACACCUUCAGGAAUAUGCAGUAAUAAGGCAUACAUAAUCUGUGCGUGUAUGUAUGAUUUAAGUAGCCAAAAUGCUUUCUAAACAUCUUCAUACAGAGAAUUUAUAUUGUCUCUCUGUCAUUUCACUAAUGCAAGAUUCAAUGACAUUAGUUUAAGUGAAACCAACCCAGCAAAAGUAUCCUCUAAAAAGGAAUUGUUUUAGGAUGUACAAACAAAACAUUUUCUGUGAGGGGCAGUACAUCCAGACCACCAUAAAAAGGUCUGUAGCUCCUCUCGAUUUAUAUAAUCAAUUUCAAGGCUAGUGCAUCUCAGUGGACCAUUUUAGGUACUGCACCGCACUCAAAAAUACUGAUGUGGUCACUCCAGCUGUUCUGAUAUAUUCAUACAUACACAUAUACUCAUACUUGCACAAAUAUACAGAGAGAGACAAGUACAUAUAGGAAAAAUGUGUGUUCCAUUGCAAAAUGGGGAGUUUCUGUCACAGUACCUAAAGCAGUCUUAGCUGAGAAAGCUCCUUUCAUAAAAUACCCUUUGUAGAAGACAAAUCUGGUCAAUCAUGCUUGGACAAGAUGAUAGAUUACCAUCUGAACUACUGUAAGGUACAUUUCAAUAAAUAGGAUGUUUUUGAUGUAGAACAUACCAGAAAUCAAAGUCAAAGUUAAAUGGUUUCGGGCAUUUCUUUUAUAGACUAAUUUUUCAGCCUUACUUUCUGUGUGUGUGUGUGCGCAUGUGUUUGCAAUGAGACUCAUGGGUAUGAUUAGUACAGAUAAUGAUAGCAUGUUGGGAGGUGUUCUGAGACAUCACUCUGAAGUAUAUUUGUUGAAAAUAAUAUUAAAAAAUAAAGUGAAAAAGU